AUGGGCCGCAGUUCCCUUGAUUCAGGCAAGGCUCAUGACCUCAAGCCUGCAGUCUCCCCAGCAGCUUCUCCCAACUUCGCCUUUGUGAACCUAGCCGAUGAUUUGGUGUCUCUGAAUGCCCGCAAGAUCACCAACCAACAUCAACGCUAUGUCAUUCGAUCCCAUGUGAUGAAAAACGUUCGCCAGGAGUUGGUAAGAGGUAGAAAGAGAACCAUAGGAGAAAGAUCCAACUCGGACAAAUCUGUAAGCACUGCCAGCGACGCGGACUCUUCUGGAACGAAUGAAUCGCGAUUGCCCUUGACGGUCACCAUCAAACAAGAGUUCCAGGAGCCUACGAAUCAUGCGCUCACACCUGGCCGCAAGGCCGGAAGUUCUUGCGCUAUGGAGUUUGCUGAGCCUGGCUCGAACGUGACUAUGAGCUAUACGCCGGCCAUCAGCCAGAUUGAUCCUUUUCUUACCCUACCCUGUAGAUCACUGGCGCCCAAGAGCUUGGACGGAAUCUUGCGAUUCGGGUUUGAUGUUCUUAUACCCUUGACUUUCUCUUCGGAGCGUCAGGACCGGCUUACUCGACAAGGUCUAGUGUUGCAGACCAAGAUUGCAGACCCUCCUACGUUUUGGGGAAUGAUAGGCGUAUUUGCUGCUCACAAGGCUAUCUUCCAAGGCGAUCACAAAGACCUCGCUCCGUCCGACGUCAACCACGACGACCUCAUCACUGAUCCGGAUUACAAAAAGGUCAAACAUGAAGCGCUCGUGGCUGUCCGGCGGAAAAUUGAGCGACGUGAACGGAUGGACCAAUUCAUGAUCGAGGCGUGCUUCGGACUUAGUGCGACGGCCACUGUUGUGGGCAAUUUUGAAGAAGCGCGAAUGCACUUGAAAGGGGUCGCUCAGUUAAUGUCGAUGUUUGGCGUCGCCCAAGAUUCCGUGUCGUGGCUUCCGCUCUCAAUCGUCAAGGUCUCGGUCGGAUUGUUAUCAAUGCCCAUCUUCGAACUUCCCUGGACCCGAUGUCCGCUGCCACGCGAAAUAGAGCAACGCAUUACACCUACUCCUGAUUCUGGGAUGACACGUUUGGCUUCUGCCUUCCAACACAUGGACGAGCUAAGCCAGCCGUUGAGGGUUCUUUUACUAACCAGCCGGGACAUCUGCAACUUUUGUGAGUUGAAUGCCACGGACCCCUCUGGGCUGUCGUCCGCCGAGAGUGCCGCUCUCGAUCGGAAGGCCACUGAACUUGAAUUCGACCUGCUGGCCUACCCCUACAAAUUUGACAGCUUCCAUGGCGAGUAUGCGACAGAGCCCCAACUGCCACCGCUCGAAGCAGUUGUCCGGCUAGCUGCGCUGGGAUUCCUAUCUUUUACUCCGCACACCAUCUUCCCACCGACGGGGUUGGGCAGGGCUCUGACUCACCACCAGAAACGAGCAUUUAAACGAUGGCUCCAGGCGAGGAGUACCACCUGCGGCGUUCCAGAAUUGAAAGCUAUCACCUGGGCACUGUUCACAUUCACGCAAGGUUCGUUGAUGCAGCCAGAGGAGGUCUUUUUCAGCAGACACCUGUUGAGGUUGACUCGGCAAUUGUCGUUGGUCAGCUGGCAAGACAUUGAAACUAUCCUCUCCGGAUUUCUCUACAUCCCAAGUCUCCAAUCAUCCCUGUGGAGGACUAUUUGGACGGCAAGCUUCAAAGACUGCACACCGGCAUAG